GAACGCGGGGUUAGUGUUGAGCCGUAUCAUUCUCAGUUCAAGUCGUUGUUCAAGUUACGGAGCUAAGCCGUAUCGAGUGUGAACUGUCAUCAUGGCCCUUACGAAUCUGCGUUCCAUAUGCCGAAGCCUUCCAUCACUGGCGCCACAGCUCUCAGUUCUCACCGCCCAGUAUCAUGCCAAGGUGAUCGACCAUUACGAGAACCCACGCAACGUCGGCUCCCUGGAUAAGGGGGACAAGAGCGUCGGCACGGGCCUGGUGGGCGCGCCCGCCUGUGGCGACGUCAUGAAGCUGCAGAUCAAGGUUGACGAGAACGGUAAAAUCGUGGACGCCAAGUUCAAGACGUUCGGCUGCGGCUCUGCCAUCGCUUCCAGCUCGCUCGCCACCGAAUGGAUCAAGGGCAAAUCGCUCCAGGACGCCGGCAAACUGAAGAACACAGACAUCGCUAAGGAGCUGUGCCUGCCGCCCGUCAAACUGCACUGCUCCAUGCUGGCAGAGGACGCCAUCAAGGCAGCGCUCAACGACUACCAGGUGAAGCAGUCGUCACUGAGCGGCAGUCAGGCCGACUAGGAGACGGCCGCCGGGUCCGCACCAAGCCAGUAGUCACAGCAGUGUGGGGCGGCGCCGACCGGUGGCAGGCGCACCCAUCACCCACCCACCGACCCGCGCCGGGCGCCGGGCGGCGGGCGGUGGCAGGCGCACCCAUCACCCACCCACUGACCGACCCGCGCCGGGCGGGCGGCGGGCGGUGUGGCCGGUGGCAGGCGCACCCAUCACCCACCCACCCACCGACCCGCGCCGGGCGCCGGGCGGCGGGCGGUGUGGCCGGCAGCAGCGGGCCGGCCGCUCCCGCGGACUGUUGGCGCGCGCUACCGAGUGCCGAUUGUGUCACAGCUGCUGUUAUCUCGAUGAUCAGGUAGAACGAUGAUGCCCGCGGGUGCCGAUGGCCUAUCCGGCCCUGGCGCCCCAGAACCCAGGCUGCGUCACGGCAGGACGGCGCUCACUGCUGCGUACUGUUAUUUUUAGCUGUGGUACCUGUGUGAUAGAACACUAUGCGCUUUGCGACGUUAAAUAGUGUCUUUUUUGUGGCGAUUGUGCUUCUAAGAGUCGAAUCCAGAAAAUAUAUAUCUUACGAACGCG